AUGAGUAGGCUGCUGGUCAAGACUAUGCAACCAUUCAACCCUUACGACAUCGAAGUCACCGCCGAAGAAAUAAGGAACUUCUUGCGCUAUGAAUUUCCACUCGUACCGGAAGCUCCGCCUCGAACGUCGAAAGCGGGACUACAACAAUUGGCCCAGAAGUGGAUCAACUUUCACACGCAGGCUGAAGCAGCAAAACGCUCUCAAAGAACCGAUCGAAAUGAUACCGACAUCAAGCCUGUUAUCAACCAUGAUUUCCCUGAGGGGAGCAAGCAUACAGCGAAGCGCUCUCAAAGAGCCGGUCGAAAUGAUACUGACAUCAAGCCUGUUAUCAACCAUAAUUUCCCUGAGGGGGGCAAGUAUACAGACAAGCCGAAGAAAACCAAUUCAACGAGGGUCACUCAGAACCCCCGCGCUUCAGAAUCUAGCUCGACUGUGAAUGACUCAAACCCCCCCGCGCUUUCACCUUCAGACCUCGACUCCGAGAUUCUCCUACUUGCAGAUACUGGGGACCGCAAAAGUCUCAAAAGCUCUGCUCGAAGCGUAUCUAGCAAGAAUCAGAAGGGUGGAGCUCUUCCCGAAAAACACGGAUCUCUUGCAGCUCCAACUCCGAAAGCGAAGCCGGCUCCAAUUCCGAGAAAAAAAGCAGCUGCAAUUCCAAAAAACAAGCCAGCCACCAAGAAUUCGAUCGCCCAGAAACCGAAUCAACUCGUAGCGGUCAAACAACCUUUAAGCCCAUCUCCCACGAACAGCACCUUUCCUGGAUCGUCAGUUCAAAUGAAGUUAGGUUCGAGAUCUAGUCAAACUUCUUCUCGUCAUAAACGAGAUUCAGAUGAGGCGUUUUCAGACACGGAACAAGAGUCUGCAGAAAAGGAGAAUAUUCGCCUCUCUCCCAAGAGAUCAAAAAAAGAGCCAACACAACCCCCAAAAAAGUCCAGUGCUUCGGCUCCGAAAAGAGAUUCUAUCACACGAAACCCGAAACCAUCUAAGCCUUACCUACCCGCGCAUGUCAGCACGCUUGGACCUUCUCGUCCUCGUCAACAUGUCCGUUUUUCGCGCCCUGGCUCAUCCCCGGGCAGCGAUACCAGCUCGCUCACUCCGCUAGGAUCUUCCGACUCUUCGUCCGACGUUGAGUGCGACGAUCGGUCUGUAUCCAAAGGAAAGGAUUCACUCGUGGCCUCUGAUUCUAAACGCCUCGUGACCGCCGCCGAAGACACUGUGGUUAACAAAGGACCAAAGGGUGAAUCGUCUUCUUCCAAACAGAAGGCUUACAUUGCUCCGGAUUCGACUGAUCCAUUACCAGAGAGCACCGAGCUCUACAAAUGUGACUGUCGCAAGGAGAUUUUUGACUUGAAAUCUCGAGUACAGUUUUUGGAACAAUACAUGCUCUAG